ACCCUUCCAGAUGUUUCACAACCAUGAAGGGGGUUGGCUUUUCAACACUCAGCAGGAUCACACAUCCACCCGUCGCCAAAUAAAGAACAGCGCCGAUUACUUGGCGCCACACUACAAAACGAUAGCAUGUCAUGCCGAAUUCGAAAUCUUGCUGCCCCAAGCACCUAAUAAAGGAGAGAGUUCGCGACCCUUUCUUCUGCCAAAGUUGCGCACUUCGAGACAGUCAGGUUUCGUCUCCACCCACCCAAAGCAUGAAGAUCCUACACAACAGGGAGGAGCCCCACGUCGUCAUGGUCCCGAGCGCCGGCAUCGGUCAUCUCAACCCCAUGAUAGAGCUCGCUAAAACCCUUCUCUCUUGCCACUCUCUCACCGUUUCCUUCUUCACGGUCUCCGGCCAGUUCCCCGCUUCUUCCAUCACCAACCUGUCCGAGCUUUCCAACAAUAUCAACUGUAUCUCCCUCCCUGCCGUCGACACUUCCGACCUCCCCACCAACGGAAAGGUGCUCACCGCCAUCUCAACCAUCAUGAGGCGCUCCGUCCAACGCCUGCGGGACCUCCUCCCCAAGAUCCAGCCAAUUACAGCCUUCAUACUCGACGUCUUCUGCACAGACCUACUCGAUGUCGCCGCAGAGCUUGAGAUCCCCGCCUACAUCCUCUUCACCUCGAACGCCACGGCGCUGUCUCUCUUUCUACACACGCCCAUCCUUCACGAGGAUAUCGUAGGAGAGUACAAGCACCUGAAGGACGAGGUGAAGCUCCCCGGCUGUCUGCCCUUCCGAGGCACAGAGCUGGUAGACCCGAUGCUAGACCGUCCGUCAGGAUGUUGA